AUGACGUUAGUGCCCAGCAAACGCAAAUUGGGCAAAAAUAGAGUUCUGCCCGGCAAUUCUUACGUAAGCGAUUACAGAUGAUUUAAUUAAUCAAAUUAAGAUCUGUAAAAGCCGGAAGAAUCGUAAUUGAGUGAAGUAUAUUUUGGUAAAUUAAAAUCACACAAAUUAUCAUUAAAUGAAGCAUAAAGUAAGUUGAAAGUAGGAAAAUAGAGUUUCAGCGUCGCGACGGCAAUACGUCAGCGAUGCACUGGAAUCCUGAGCGUUCGGGAGGAUCGUCGUAUAGUGUCCAUGGCCUCAAAGGCUCUCUUUGGACAAGGAUGACGUGGGCAAUCUCUAGAUCUCUUUGCGAAGUCUAGAGAUCAAUGAAAUGGGUCGCCGAGUCGUCUCCGGCGGCUGUCACCUGGCGGAGCGGAAAAACGGCGACUUUGCGGCUCUCCGGCGGCUUUCACCUGACGAAGAGGAGCUGGAUGGAGGUGGGGCGCGUGUCAAAGAGCUUCAUCCUCAAGUCCGCGCAGCAAGAGGAGGCUCUUCAUCGCAUCUGGUAUGCCCUCAGGAGGUGGCGACUCGUCUCCCGACGGAUCAUCCUCUUCCUAACGAUGGCUUGUUCGUCGAUCAAUUGGAGAUGA